CUAACAUUAGCAUGCUAACUCAGAGCAUAAUAGAAGUGUUUGGCUAUAAAAUAGCUAAAGAUGCUACUAAGCUAAUGUUAACAGGCUAGCAAUACUAACAUGCUAACAUUUGCAUACUAACACCUAGCAUGAUAAGUCUUUAUAUAUCUACCUAUGAAAAUGUCAAAAAAUGCUACUAUGCUAAUGUUAGCAUAGUAUCAAUGCUAACAUUAGCAUGCUAACACAUAGCAUAAUAGUGGUAAGUCUUUAUAUAUGUGCCUCCCCAUGAAAAUACCUAUAAAUGAUAGUAAUGUGAGCAUGCUAACAACUGGAAUCACAGUGCAAUGUACCGGGAAAGCUAAAUGUCCUGAAUGAGUUGAGAAUUUUUACUUUGGAACGGUCUGAGAAAUGUGGAAGUAGAGCUUAAACUCUGUAGAUCAAAGGCAUUUUGGAUUUUGGAUCACCUCCAAACAUUGUUCCAUAUCUCAUUUCCAACAAUUCCUGAAAAUUUCAUCUGAAUCCAUUCAGAACUUUUGAAGUUAUUUUCACUCGUUACGUUUCGCUUGGUGGAGGUAAUAAAGAAUUCAUUGUUUAUUUUGUCGUACACAAUGUCUUACAUUAUUUGUGCAUGUAAGGUGUCAGGUGACCAGUCUUCCAAUAUAAAGUGUCAACAUUUCUUUCAUUGCUGCAUCAUGCUCUCUGCAGACUGCCAGUGUGAACACAUGCCCCACAGCUGGGUGGGUCAACACAGAAGGGAGGCUAGAUAUCUGGGAGCACCAGACUAAACAUGUCCUCCACGGUGUCCAGACGGAACAGUUGCCGUGGAAGUCAAUGUGGAACUCGGUCAUCAUCGUCAUCGGAAUGUCGCCGCCGGGCCUCCAACUGCUCUUACUUGGCUCCUGGAGCUCAAAGCGAGGAGCUUUCUGUAAGCUUGUUUACUAUCACACUGCGCUUCCUGUUGGCCAUCGACCUGUGGCUGAGCAAGCGGCUCGGCGUGUGUGCCUGUGAGGGUUCUCCGUGGGGGAGCAUACGACCUCUGGUGAGGCUGGUGGAGUUCUCCGGGCAUGUCGUCCCUUGGCUUGUCGGUACUCUGUACACGUUACUCCGUGGACACACCGUAGCCGAGCAGGAGAUCAUGCUGAAUUUGGUGCUGGCUUUGCUCUUGGAUCUACUGCUGGUCAGGCUUGUCAAGACUCUGGUCCGACGUCGAAGGCCCGCCCAAAACCGCACAGACAUCCUCUCCACAUUUUUCAUCGAGCGCUACUCCUUCCCCUCAGGCCAUGCCACACGAGCCGCCAUGUGCGCCCGCUUCCUAUUAGCCCAGCUGGUGGACACCAGCUCCAUGCGAGUGCUGGUGCUGUGCUGGGCCGGCCUGGUCAGCAUGUCCCGGGUGCUGCUGGCCCGCCACUAUGUGACAGAUGUGGGCUUUGGUUUGGUAAUGGGUUACUGCCAGUAUAACCUUGUGGAAAGGUUAUGGGUGACAUGGGACUGCCUGCAGGACCUGCUGCUCAUGAGUCUGCAGGAAAGACUGAACAAGGUUUAUGGCAGACUCUGGAUGGCCAGUUGGAAACAUUAGGGCCGGAGGAAAUGAGUGGGAGUUUAAUAAAAAGGGAAUAUAUGCUAAUUAUAUUUUAACAAUGGUGUACAAAUGCGCUACAGGGCAUUAUACUGAGGUGUUUUUAAUAGUCAAGUCAUUUAAAUAAACCAGUCCUCUCGCAAUAUUGCGGUUCCAUUAUCACUCCUUCACUAGAUUCUGCUUUUUUCAAAAAAAUUGUUAUAUAUGAUCACUGUUUCAUAGUAUACUAUGGUCUAUUAUUAGCCAAAACAUAUUGAAAUAGAAAUGAUAUGUAGUAUUCUGCGUACUAGGUGGCAGUAAUGACAGAAAAUAUUGACACACUACCUUAUAUUACAUUACCUUAACAUUGCAUGAAGUCAGUCGCGGUAUGUCUGACAAAACAGAGUGAAAAAACCCUCCCAUUUAGUGUGGAAGUGGUCAGUUUUGGUUUCUUAAGUUUAGAAGAAAUAAAUCUGAGGAUAACUGGUUAUCCGUUUCGAGAGUUGC